CGCAUCCAUUGGCCCUCCCGGACCGCGACCCGUCGACAGACACGCCUCGGGGCCUGCCUCAGACUCGGACGCCCGCCUCCGCAACACCUCCGCAGCCCACGACGUGGCUGUGGGCGCUCCUGCACAACCAUGAAGGGCUUUAGGCAAAGGGUCUCCGAACAGCUUUCUCGAAGCAAGGAUGGCAAGUCGUCUAAGAAGAAAGACUCCAACUCCGGCACGGCCUCGCCGUCGCUCGCUGCCUCGCACUCGCCCUCGGGCUCAGCCCAAGCCACCCCUUCGUCGUCCCAGACGCAGCUCACGGAUGCGCGCAGCAAGAGCCAGCCCGCUGCCGAUGGCGCCGCUGCCCACCACGCCUCGAUGCAGCCCAGCCAGCAGCCUGCCUCGGGCUCGCUCGCCGCCGGCCAGCAACCCUACGCCGCACAAGGCUCGAUGAAUCCCGCCGGUCCUGGCAAUGCCGGCGCUGCAGGCCCAGGCACGCCCUCUAGGCUCGGCCAGCCCCUGGCACCGAGCGUCGUCAUUAGCCCGAGCGCUCCUCAUGUUCCUCCUCCGGGCGCCGCCGAGACAAUGCCGGGCGACCUUGCGCCUCCCAAGGCGGGCCAGAAGUCGGGCAUAUUCGACCGUCUUCAAGCGACGCCCAAGGACAACAUUGAAGGUAUUAGGACGCCCAAGCGGCAGCACUCGUCGCGUUUCGACAUCUCGGACCAGCGCCAGCGUGAACUGGAGAAGCUGCCCGGCUUCCACGAGGUGCCCCCCAACAAGCGCGAGGAGCUGUUCAUGCAGAAGAUUGACCAAUGCAACAUCAUCUUCGAUUUCAACGAUGCCAGCGGCGACAUGAAGUCCAAGGAGAUCAAGCGCCUGGCCCUGCACGAGCUACUCGACUAUGUGGCCAACAACCGCCAGGUCAUCACGGAGAAGAUGUAUCCUCGCGUCGUCGAAAUGUUUGCCAAGAACCUGUUCCGGCCCAUUCCACCCCCUAUGAACCCCCAAGGCGAGGCCUUUGAUCCCGAGGAAGACGAGCCCGUGCUCGAGGUGGCAUGGCCGCACAUCCAGGUUGUCUACGAGUUCUUCCUGCGCUUCAUCGAAAGCCAGGACUUUAACACAAACAUUGCCAAAGCAUACAUAGACCACAGUUUUGUGCUCAGCCUACUCGAUCUUUUCGACUCAGAGGAUCCUAGAGAGCGCGACUUUUUGAAAACCACACUGCAUCGUAUAUACGGCAAGUUUCUCAAUCUGCGUUCGUACAUUCGCCGUUCUAUCAACAACGUCUUCUUUCAAUUCAUUUACGAGACCGAGCGCUUCAAUGGAAUCGCUGAGCUGCUGGAAAUCCUCGGUUCCAUUAUCAACGGGUUUGCUCUUCCGCUCAAGGAGGAACACAAGCUCUUCCUCACAAGGGUGCUCAUUCCGCUGCACAAGGUCAAGAGUCUGAGCAUGUACCACCCGCAAUUGGCAUAUUGCAUUGUCCAGUUCUUGGAAAAGGAUGCGGCCUUGACAGAAGAGGUUGUUUUGGGCCUCCUCCGGUAUUGGCCAAAGGUGAACAGCACCAAGGAGGUCAUGUUCCUCAACGAAGUCGAGGACAUCUUCGAGGUCAUGGAUCCGGCCGAGUUUGCAAAGGUGCAAGAACCUCUGUUCAACCAGCUCGCCAAGUCGGUCGCCAGCCCGCACUUCCAGGUUGCCGAGAGAGCACUGUACUUUUGGAACAACGAAUACUUUUGCAAUCUCGUCAGUGACAAUGUCGAGGUCAUCCUGCCCAUCAUGUUUGCCCCGCUGUACGAAAACUCAAAGGGCCACUGGAAUCGAACAAUUCACGGCAUGGUAUACAAUGCCAUGAAGCUAUUCAUGGAAGUCAAUCCGCAGCUGUUUGACGACUGCUCGCACGACUAUGCCGAGUCGCAAAACAACGCGACGCAAAGGCAGCAAAGCCGACUAGACCGCUGGGACAAAUUGGCCAAGCUUGCAGAAUCACGCUCAAAUGGCACGGCGGACAAGUCGUCGGCACGCGUGGAUGACUCUGCUCAAGGACGACUGGAAAAUCUCCGUCUUCAAGACGAUGGGGCGGCAUCGAGAGACAGGCGGCCGAAAGAUUAUGAGCGUCAAGGCAGCCAAACCUCGCGACGGCACCAUUCUUCAUCAGGGGAGCACCAUGUGUCGUCGAGUGCUCGCCGAUCGGCUGGUCGACCUCGCAGCAACAGCCGGCCCAACUCUUCAUCCGGCCACGCUGUCUCGUCGCGAGCGCCUUCUGGACGGGCAAGGGCCAAUUCUGGGGGUAGCAUUACGCGGGUCACGAGCUCGUAGAGUGCAGUGUGCUGCUUUGUCCUUUUUGUGUUUUUUUUUCAUGUUGUCUUGGUCUCUGCGUAGGCUUUUGAGUAUAGCUUGUAGUGGCGAUAUGGCACGUUUCUUGUUGGCAUUAAGCGGUUGCGCGGGUUCCAGAGUCCCCCAAAAGAAGACGGAUUUUGACACAAUGGUGUUCUGGAUGUUCUUCUUUUUUUCUGUCUUGGGGGCCCUAUAGAGAGUAGUGAGGGUGACCUGCUAGGGGUUCCCUGUACCAAUGUAUAUGCAAUAG